AUUAAGUGUUAGACAGACGAAAAAAGCAAGUUUGCGUACAAGAAAGAGUUCAAGCUAAACGCUAUGAAUUCUUUAAAAUCCUAUGGGAAAGUGCAUGAAGCCGAUCAAAUGCGGCUUGACGCUCGCAGGAAAACACGAAAAAGGAUGGUUGUUGUAGCAAUAUCAUCUCUUAUUCUUGUUAUUGUCGUAGUUUCAGCAGUUGUUGGAACUACACAGAGCAAAAACCACAGCCAAAUGGGUGGUGAUUCACAAUCUCCAUCAGCCAUGGUUUCCAUUAAAGCCGUUUGUGACAGUACAUUGUACCCUGAUACCUGUUACAGCUCUCUAGCUCCUCUUGUGAAUUCCACCAAUAUCCAUCCCGAUCAGUUACUCAAACUCUCUUUUCUAGUCGCCAUAGAAGAGCUAUCCAAAGCAUCCACACUUCCGGAGCUCAAGAACUGCAGCGAAUUAUUGGAGCUUGCCAUUGAUCAUCUCAACGAUACACUGUCAACUGAUAUUGAUUUGAAGUCAAUAGGAUCUCUGUUAGAUGAUCUAAUGACGUGGCUAAGUGCUGCUGGAACAUAUCAGCAAACAUGCAUAGACAGUAUUCAAGAAAAUGGUGUAGGCUACCUUAAAAAAUCCACGGAGUUAACCAGCAACAGCCUCGCGAUCACCAAGGGGUUUUCAAACGCCGCAAGUUCGUUCAACCAAAGAAGAAGAUUGAUGAGCAUAGCAGAAGGAAGCGAUGAUGAAAUGCCAGAAUGGUUGUCUGUAAAAGACAGGAAGCUCCUACAGAAGACAAAGUUACCGGCUGGCAUCAAGGCCGAUGUGGUGGUGGCUCAAGACGGCACCGGAAAGUAUAAGAAAAUUUCUGAGGCUCUCAUGGCAGUUCCUGAUAAGAGCAAGAAAAGAUUCGUGAUAUACGUGAAGAAGGGUGUUUACUUUGAGAAUGUUAGGGUCGAAAAACCUAAAUGGAAUGUCAUGAUGAUCGGUGAUGGUAAGGAUUCUACGAUUGUGUCAGGAAGAUUAAACGUUGUGGAUGGCACUCCAACAUUUCAGUCGGCAACUUUUGCUGUGUUUGGUAAGGGGUUUAUAGCUCGCGAUAUGGGGUUCCGUAACACUGCUGGAGCAGCCAAGCAUCAGGCAGUAGCACUUAUGUCAACCGCAGACCUGUCAGUAUUCUACCGAUGUCGCAUUGACGCAUUCCAGGAUUCUCUAUAUGCACAUUCCAACCGACAAUUUUAUAAAGAAUGCAACAUCUAUGGAACUGUAGACUUCAUCUUUGGCAACUCGGCUGUCGUUCUUCAAAACUGUAACAUACUUCCCAGGAGACCGAUGACUGGCCAGCAAAACACGAUUACAGCUCAAGGCAGGUUUGAUCCUAAUCAAAACACUGGUAUUUCCAUUCACAAGUGCACCAUUUGGCCAUAUGGGAACUUAAGCGAUGUUAACACAUAUCUCGGUCGUCCAUGGAAGAACCAUUCAACUACAGCUUAUCUUAACAACAUGAUGGGAAGCUUCAUUCAUCCAAAGGGAUGGUUGCCAUGGGUUGGAACAACAGCUCCCGACACAAUAUUCUAUGCAGAGUUUGCUAAUUAUGGUGCAGGUGCAGCCAUAAAGAAUAGAGUCACCUGGAAAGGACUUAAAUUUAUAACCACCAAGCAAGCGACUAAGUUCACUGUCAAACGUUUUAUCGACGGGGACAAAUGGAUUAAAGCUGCCGGCGUUCCUUACACGUCUGGUCUCUGACUUCUUCAACCUUGAUUCUUUUUCCCCGUUCUGAAUUAAUCAUAUAUCUUUGUUUCAUCUAUUAAUUAUUACAUUCAUUUUGUAACUCAUCAUCAAAUCUCUUCAUGCAUCAAUUGUUUUCACUUUA